AUGUGACACCACCGCUUUUGCGUCAUCACUCUGCGACUAUCUACAGCAGACGGUUACAUGUGUGUACUAAGUUUUCACAAAAUACUGGUAAGUCCUUUAUCACAAUAAGUUACCGUGCUGUGAGUCGAGUCUGCAUUUUACUCUGCUAAAGAACAGACUCCGUGCGAAGAUCGGAGUUGAAACGCUGUUAGUGUGCGGCGUUAGAGGCUGUCUGUGGAUUCACGCGACAAGGUCAGGAUUGAUCAUGACAGAGAAACCACAAACUCUGACUAAACCUCUGUCCUUCUAGAGGAGCAGCUGCUGUGUAAGUCAAAGAUGCAUCAACAGAUUGAUAGUUGAUCUCUACUUUGCUGGAUUAUUGGCACGGGGGGUUUUUGAUAUCAGGUCCCGGUGUUCUGGUAACACAACCAUGAUCUCCUUCGAUAACGAGGAUUACGGAAGGACUCGGUUAACAUAAUGUCAUUAUUUCGUGCUAUGUUAUUGUCGCAGCAGAUAGGGGAGAGUGGGGUAAGAUGAGCCAUUUUUUUAUAUUUCGGAUCACUACAUCAAGGUAAUCAUAGUUUUGUCUCUAACUAGAGUAUCUGCAUAUAUUUCAGCAUGUUGUGCAUCCCUGCAAACCAACAGAAUGAGUGUAAACAAAACUGUCUUGAUAAUAGAGCAUACAAAAAAAAAGUGAUCUCCUAUGGUCAACUCAUUCUGUGUAUGGGCUGAGUCAGGGGUGUCAAACUCAACCACAGCAAGGGACAUAAUCUGGAUUUAGGUCUAACCUGAGGGCCAAAGAGGGUCAACAUUUCACCAAAACUGUCAACCUCCUUUUCAAAAAAUAUGGAACAAAAAUAGCUUCUAACCUUAACAGACUCCAUGAAUUGAUGCCCAUCUCCUAAAUAUUUGGUCAAAAUGUGACUUAAAGUUUAAAAUUGGAAUCUAAAGUAUAAAAAUGACUCGUCCAAAUACUGAGUUGAACAAAAUUGAAGCAUGAAGUAAAAAAUCCAAUCAUGUUUGACUUGUAAUUGUAACUUGUACUUCUUUUACCAUUUCCAAGCAGCAGGGGGUGGCUCAACUUACCCUUUGGCUCACCUUACCCCACUCUCCCCUAAUUGAUCAAAAAAUGAUCAGACGACUCUUCAAGCAUGUUAUUAAACUCUUCUGAACUCUCCACUUCAGGUUGGAUGUAGGAUGGUGGUCCUGUCUCCUGAAUUGUGACACACCUCUCUCCUUCCCCACCUGUCCUGCCUCUGAGAGCUGAUGGCGAGCCGCUUCUUGGGCAGAUGUGCCAGUACGCUAUGCAGAGCCUCCUGCCGGCCUGCAGCUGCUUCUGCCCGCCUGUCCCCGCCCGGUGCCUAUUCUGCAGCGGUGCAGAGGGCUCAGGGCUGGCAGUGGGUCACAGAAAGGCUAAUGUGUGAGGGAAGGACAGUUAUAGACCCAGAAACUUUCCCUUUAUCGCCUCAACGCUCAAAGCUGGAUGAGCUGAUAGAGAAUGCAGUGGAGCCAGAAAGCAUCCUGGCGGCCUGGGCGGCACAUGGAGGUGAUGGUCAUCAAGCUGGUAACGCCCUGAGAUAUUGGACAAGGUUGAUGAUAAUGACGUCGGGCAAAUUUACGGAUGAACCAUCAGAAGUGAUGACAGAUCCAAGGCUGCUGAAUAUGAUGGACAGACUAAACAAGGAGGUAAGGAAGCCACAUUCAUAGCAGGAUGAACAAUGUUGCAGAUACUGUAUCUUCCUUGAGUCCUUGUGUCCAACUGCUCAUACUCCAUUAUUUUCAUUGUGUUUACUUUCCAGACGAGAUUAGUGUGGAACAGCACUCUAGUGUCCGUCUUGCGUGCUCUCUGGGCUAUGCAACUUCCCAAGUCUGAUCCCGUACUCAGAUCUGUCCAGACUGAGGUCAUGUGGAGAACCCGCAGGUUGUCUUGCAAGCAUCUGGGCCUCCUGGUAGAGUGGGGGGCUAACAGGGACGCACCGAUGGAUGUGGCCGUAGUGAAUACUGCUUUAAAACAGCUGGAACUGCGCUGGACUGAAAUCAGUGAAGCUAAAACUGUCAGUACACUCAUAUCCAACAGACGGCGCCUAUCACCUAUCUUGUACAGCAGACUGGAAGACAAGGUAUGGGAAUUAAAAAACAUACUACACAAAGUAAUUGGUUCAGUGCCAAAUAGAGCAAGACCAUGAGGAUGAUAAAUAAUGGGAAAAAGUACAAAUAGUGAUACUCACUUAGACCCUGAAUGGCAACACAAGGUAGGAAAUCUAAGAAAUGCAGAGAGGCCACAGAGAUCACUACAAAACAUGACUCGCCUAUUAACAAGGCUCUGUAAAUCUUCCUCAGAUCUGUGGAAAUGGUGACUUUAACUUUUAACCUAAAUAUAAUUUGGCACUGUUUUGAAAUCCUUUAUUACUGUGUUUCAGGUUCUGGAGCUUGCAGAGAGCUUCUCAGCAGAGGACAUUGGUAAAGUCUGUGUAUCCAUGGCUGCUCAGAACCACAGAUCCGUCCCAUUGCUCAGAGCAUUAUCCUACUAUCUCCAGCAGAAGUCUUCAUCAGAGCUGACCACUCCACUGAUACUUGACAUAGCUUUUGCAUACGGUAUGAACCCUACUUAUUCUAAAUAAAUUAAUCAAAGGCAUUCAUGCAACCACUUUGCAAUCUUACCAUUUUGGCCUUGGAUGAAGAUGUUUUCAGGGUAAUCUGUGAAUUUUUAUGCAUUUGUAGCUGUGCUUAGUUGCAUAUCACUGCAGCUGGCUGGUUGAAUAAACACAACAUUGCAUUGUGUGUAAAAUGAUGAGAAAGAGCAGCCAUUUGUUAUCUGAACUGGGACAGAACAUGUACUCGUCAGUCGGCCCAUUAUGGCAGCCAAUACAGCCGGCAACAGUAUUACACAGAAGCCAGAGUGCUUCCCUAUAAAUGUACAGUUCAGAUAAAGAGAUUGACACCUCAGCUUUAAAGGUAGGGUAGGCGGGAUCUGUGGAAGUGCCAGGAGAAAUCUUGAAUGUAAACUCUACCCCUCCCAACCAGCUUUCCCCUCAGCUCCUCCGCUCCCCUCCCUCUCUGCUCCAUCAAGCCCCGCCCACAAACAGACGCUCCUGCUCGCUCGUAUCGUUUCAGUUAAAUUCAGAUAUAAUGCAGAUAAAUACUUAAGAUAUAUAAAAAUGGGGCCCAGUCAAGGUGAAAGUAAAAAGCAUUGGUGCUACUGUAGAUGCCAACAGACUACCAGCAAACACAAUGUUUACAGGACUUCCACAACGAGGAUAAAGUGACAUAGUCCAGGACCCGAGGUCAACAGUUUAGCGAUGGCGCUACACCACGCUACAGCAGGUCUCAUUUGAUAAGAAACACUUCUGUUACAGACACUUGUCUUACUUUGCUAAAGCGGUUUACCUGUCCAGCAGAAAGGUUACAGGGUCUGUAAGAUCCUGAAGCGUCCCCCAUCAUUUAUGCUGAUGUUGACCCAGCUAUUUAGCUCUUGUCCGGUCUACCUCCUUUUUAAGUGCUCAUUAUUCCGCCAGAGUCUCCGGUAUUUGCUUCGUUUUCUUGCUUUUGUUGGCAGUCGUGGCCAAAGGAGGAUUCAGACAAUUUUCUGUUUGAUUUCUACUGUCCGAUAUUGUCGCACGAUAACUUUGUGCGGGCUCGUGAACGACUCCGGGGAAGUAGCAUCUGCCUUACAACCGAUCAGGUCGGGGAGGUGGAGAAUGGCUUUGUUUACAGUCAGAAAGAGCGGGUUGCUCAAAAAAUUAAAAAAGGUCAUCUACACAGACUUAACAGAACACAGUGACAUCGUGAUAUGACCAAAUGUCAUCAAUGACCAGUAGCUAUAGACUGAUAUUCAAAGCUUUUUUGUAUAUACACCACUAAAAAAAAAAAAAGAUGCUUCUUUAACAGAUUCCUGCCUACCCCACCUUUAACAUUUACAGUUACCAACACAGGACUUAUCACCUUACAGUUCACAAAAAUUAUCGUGCAUUAGGAGCCCAUGAGGUGUGGAUACAGACCACAGAUUCUACAAGUUUUUGCACAUUGGCAGUUCAGGGGGGGACAUAUUGACCCCUACUACUUCUCGUGUGUUUGCAUGGAGGCAGAAUGGUGGGGUGAAGUUGUUCUGCUUCUGAUCUGCCACCAGAGGCAGUAAUGAUUGUAGAAAGGUUAGGCAGAAAAACGCUGUGUGUGUGUGUGCGGGUUCUACUGUGUGUUUACUUGGCAUUCUUCCUGAGUUCCUGCAUUACUGUUAAUGUGAUGAAAAAUCACACUCAAGGACACCUGUGUCAUGCAAUUGCAGGCUUCAAUGUAUGUAAAUACAAAGGUGUGGUGACAGUGUUAUUCAUUAUGGCACUGGUGCAGAAAUGCAUUGUGUAAGUGGCCACGAUGAGACAAAAUUUGUACACACUGCAACGCACUUUGAGCAAAUCUCUCUCUCUUUACUUGCCAAGAAUUACAGCUGCUGAUGGAGUUGAUUUGAUACAACUUAGAGGGCACCAUAGGUACAUACAGUCAAUAGAUCUCACAUUAUGGCAAAGGAAAUCUUGUUUCUAUGUGACCACAUUUCCUCAAGGCAGUAUAUAUAUAUUUUUUUUACUCGGCGAGGUUUGUGUCAACAAAUUUCACAGGUGAAAUCUGUCAAAUGAAAUGCUCGAAAAAUGAAAGUCAUGUCCAUUGAGUUACAAUCUUUACUGUAUCAAGUAACAGCUUUGUUUUUGCUCCUCUCUAGGGAAGCUGAAUUUCAACAACCCUGAGCUAUUUCAGCGGUUGGUAUCAGAGUUGUUACCCAGAAUUCCUGAGAUGAGCCCCUUCGACGUCAUUCGCUGUACUAAAUCCUUUAGCCUCCUCAAGUGGCUUCACAUACCUUUAUUUGAGGCUUUUGCUAAGGUCAGUCACUCACCACAUACUAACAGAUUUUUUGGUAAAUUAGAAAUAUUAACUUGCUCCUGAUAUUAGAUGCAUAACUGUAUUUUUUAUCCCCAUCAGAAUUACACAGAGAACAGUGAGAAUUACGACACUCUAAGGCUCUGUAAUCUGCUCAUGAGUUUUGCCAGACUCAACUUUCAGCCCAGUAAUGAAGAAGAGUUUUACACCAAGGUACUAAAGAUACAGAAUCUUUUAAUUGACUCAUCAUGUUACUUCUGCUGCCUGUCUUAGAUUUUUUUUCCAUGGUUGCCUUUUUCGUGAAGGUUCACUCUGCACUGGAAGACUCUCUCUCGGACCUGGAGCCUGCCUUUGAGACGGAUGCAGUCUGGUCUCUGUGUGUGCUUCAGCAGGCCAAGCCUCGUUAUCUCACCCCACUCAUGCAGCAGAGCCACAUUACCAAACUGUCCGGUAAGGUACAGUGCUGUUGAUGUUCAUUCUCACUUCUGAACCUUGUAGCUUUGCACCUGCUCCCCUAAAUAAAGAAAAGCUGCUUUAAGUGAUCCAGGUCCUUUGCAAGAAUGUCCUCCUUUAAGAGUUUUAUAACCUUUUCUUGAGUUAACAGUAAAAACGGGUCAUGAUCACAGAAUAGACUUUUAAAAAUUAUUUUUACAUUUCUUCAUGCCUCCAAACAGAUGGCAGCUACAACACUGGAUUAACUGUCAGUUUUGUAAACACAAAAUCUCAGAAAAUCAUGGAGGAAAAUGUCCACUUGGUCUCUUGGGUGAAACUGACUCCAUGAGACAUGCAUGUAGGAGUUGUUGAUUCUAGUUGAACCUCCUGAACUGCUUUGUUCAUGUAUUUUUAGACUUCCAGAUCUUACUAACAAAGUUCUAUCUCAUCAUCAGUAGAUGGCAGUGCACCACCAGUUGAUUUCUGCUUUUGCUCAGUGGAAGUUUGUUUCAAACUUGAAGCAGAGCUUUUAAUACAAAAUGUGUUUUUCAGAAAAAAUGGAUACCACUUGGUCUGUUAGCACUCACGCAUGCUCUGUUCUCUUUUCUGCCUGUAGAGGGCAGCACAGCCGGGGCAGACCUCUAUCGACUGAAGCUCAUCCAGAUUGCUGCUUCUUUCCACCUAGAACAUCCAGAUUUCUCUCUUUCUCUACCCUCUCUGAGUGGCCUCAGUGUCUCAGCCAAAGUCCCUCCCCUAACCGUCCUGCAGAAAACACUCAGAGAAGCUUUGAAGAAUUUCGUAGGUGAUAGGACAGACGCCCUCCGCACUGGGGUGGACACAGUGUAUGGAUGGACUAUUGGUAAGGAAGUGAAGUUGGUCUCAUAAAGUGCACUCCUUUUUCACUGGAGUUUAAUGACAUUUUAACUUCGUUUAAUCUAUUCUUCAUAUAUGUAACAAGAACAGGAAAUAGCUCAAAUAAUCUACUCAGUUAGACUCAUGCUUUUCCAAUAAUCACUCUCAAAAAUCAAAAUUACAGGGACAAUACAAUAAUUAAAUUAGUCAAUCAAUCAUAUUUCAUUUAAAUAUUUCUUCUUUAAUAUUUUUAUCUAUUCCUUUGACAAGGAAAUGUGAUUUGAUGUAGUUCGAGUACAGAGGAUUAAAAGUGGUAUGUUGCACUGACAGCUUUUAGCUACUUACUACUUCUUGUCCCUGGAGAGCCUUUACGUAACUGUGAGGUAAGACGUACAGCGUUAAUCAUAAAUGAAUAUUAAAAUUUAAACAGAAAACACUGCAUAUGAUAAUACAACAAAAUACAUAUACCAUAAUAUAACUGUUGAUACAUUCUUUUAACUAAUUUGUAGUUUGAGAUGCAUUAGAUGUGAAACCUUUGAUCCACUCAAUUGAUCCAAAACAAUUCAAAUCUCAGACAUUGAAAUGAAAAUAAAGCAGAUCAAUCAAAACAAACUACUUCUGAAUACUUUCUCUUGUCUGAAACUGCCAAUGAAUACCUAGACCUAGACCAAAACUAGAUAAAAACACAUAGAUAUUACAAACAAUCAAAAUUAUACCUUUUUUCUAUACUAUUUUAGACAGAGAGUUGAAAUACUUGGGUCUGUUUUUAUCCAGCCACAUAACGUAUGCAGAAAUGUGUACCGAGUUUCCCUCAGACCAAGUCCAGAGGAGACUGUUUGAACACAGCCAACACUCUCCUGUCGACCUCUAUAAACUAUAAACUGAAAGCUGAGGACAUAUUCCGUUGUGUCAUUGAGUUCAAGCUUUUUUGUUCACCUGACAAACCCUUCUCUCAUCAGAGGGUGAGCUGGUCUUGGAUUGUGACAACAAACCAGUCGACUUGUCACAGCUGAAAGCCCCUCAUCUACCCAGUGGAGGAGGAGAGCAGGCUCUUCCUGCAGGGGCUCAGCGGUGAGUCAUACAGGGGGGAAUCAUGCUAGCCUAGGUUGUUAAAGAUUAAUUUUAGUUUCACUUUUGCUCUGUUUGUCUGAAGUCAUUUUGUCAUCCUGUUUUAACUCAUCUCUGGCUGGUUUUAGGCUUGCUGUCCUGGCUUGGGAGUUUGCACACUUCGGCUCAAAGAGUAGAGACCUCCUGGGACGGUUUGCCAUGAUGAAGCGACAUCUCAUCCUGGCUGACUUCAUUGUAGUGGAGGUAGGGAGAGGAUGGAGAUAGGAUAACCUGUUUUGUAGUGACGGCUAUGGCUGUGAUGUUACUUUAGAGUAAAAGCCUUUUUAGCAGUGUCCAAAUUAUUUUUCUACCUCUGCCAAAGGGUUUUUGUAUACUAUGGCUGCAGCCUUACAGUGGCAUGAUUUCAAAGUGGUAAACAAAAGCACAUUAUAACCAACAGAUGGUGUGAAAAAUCAUUUAGGAAAUGUUUUUUGUCUUUUCCCCUUUGAUCCAACAAGAAACAGUCUGUUAAUGUUAAUGCCCACACAGGCGGCCUCACUAAGCUUUAUGACUCCUCAUUUGUUUCUAUGAGAAACAUCUGGAGCAGGUGAACAAAACGUUUUGCAUUUCUUAUCCACUCAAGUUAAAGAUUUAAAGAUUAGAAAUGCUGCUGCUAUAUCUCACAGUCUAAGGCUUUGCAAACAAUGGACCUCAUAUUUGAGAGUCAGGUGGGUCCCACUGCAGACUGCGGUAUAAAUAGAGCUUCAGCCGCAGCUCUUCAUCUCCUCAUCUAGGCCACUCCAAACUAGAGCUGUUGCAACACACUGGCAUUAGCAAUAACUGUCUUUUUUCAAAAGUGAAAUGUUUAUAUGGUGCUAGAAAUGGGCUUACUUAUCAGUGAAUGUGUAACUAAUUGUUCAGUAGUGAUUUUUUUCCAUAAAUAUCAGAAUAAUUUAAUUAUAAGGAAUAGGAAAAAUUGUAGCAUCUCUUGCGUCUCAAGUUUGCAGAGCUGUAGAGUAUGUGAACUCGGUCCACUGUGUUGUAUUUUUAAUAAUGUGUUUAUUAAUAUAUGAUGAUACAAGUAGCUAUGAAGCCAUGUUUCUCAAGACAGUCUUGGAUUGGCAAAGUUUUCACUGAUAAGGUAAUGACCUGCUUUUUGUCCUCUUGCAGGUACCAUACUAUGAGUGGCAGGGGCUGAAAACUGAUUGGCAGAGGCUUGAAUACCUGAAGGGUAAAAUGGGGAAGGCUCUGGCCGAGGACAUGGCUAAAUGAGCCUAUCGGUCGUCAGAAAAUUUGCAGACUCAGCUAAAUCACAGCGUUUCCAACCAAAUUGGACAACAGGGAAUACGCGGGUAUGCCCACACUCACGCUCACAGCAGAGUGGCUUUGCAGAAAAGCUCUCUCAUACUUUGGUAGAUAAAAAAAAAUAAAAUCAUAUUUUCACUCUGGUUCCCUUGGCAACGUGUGGGGCUUUCCCUGUUUCCAUGGUGAUGUUGAAUGAGGGGUUUUGGAGGCAGAGAGACAGAAAUAAACACAUCAGUAAGUCCUUUUAUGGAGAAGAUGUGAUCUACUAAGAGUUAUCAAAACAGAAGCACCAGGGCUGUAUCAUAUCUGUAUGUGAAUACAUUGAAAUAACUAAAUUAUCUCUGUGAAUGUGUCAUCUUGUGAUGGAAUAAACUGUUUUAUUGCAUUUUUUUCUGUAUUUUUUCACCACCGUGUUUUAAAGAUUAUCUGAGUGCCUUCAUAAUUUCAUACUUUGAUUGUUGUGUGCUGGUUUAUAAUAAGCACAUUUGCAGUCAGUGAAGUGUUGCAUUAAAAAUGUCAUCGGUGUGGUAUUCAGAUAGAAUACGUUUCAUUUGACAUCUUACAGCUAAUGACAUUCCCCACUGGCUUACUGGUAUGUGCAUGUGUGCAUCAGUAUUUUUAGCAAGCAUUCAUUGGAACAGAGGAGUGGUCAUUUCAUAGCUUUACAUAAAAGUUAUCUUCUUUACAGUAAUUAUUUUUUCAUUUUUCUGAAUUCAAAUCACUGAAUAUAGUUGGUUUGCAUAAUGAAAAAUGAAUAAAACAUGCUUCAUUUCUUUAA